UUACACGUGUGCCCUAGAAUCCCUAACUUUCUCUCUUUUUUCCCCAAAUUAAGCCGCCGCGGCAAAAUCAUUCUCAGGCGACGCUGAAAUCUACAGCGACCUGAAAACUCUGCUCGCUUCAAUCACGGAGACAUGUCUCCAAAUCUCGACGCAGGACGAGACGAUCAUGGUUUCUCGACGGUACCGACGAAGGAGUCUGCGAGAAGAGCUAAGAAAGACUUUUAAUUCCUGAACAAGAAACAAAAAUGGAUUCAUCAUCGACGAAAACGAAGAUCUCGCAAUCCCGCAAGAACAAAAACAAGUCAAACAAGAAGCACGACGCAAUCGAGAAAAAAUCCAGCAAGAAACAACAACACGGCGAUGGUGGAUCCUUGAUGAAAUCAUGGAUCUGCAAGAACGCAUCUUGCAGAGCCAAUGUGCCCAGAGACGAUUCCUUUUGCAAGAGAUGUUCUUGCUGCGUCUGCCAUAACUUCGACGAGAACAAGGACCCUAGUCUCUGGUUAGUUUGCGAGCCCGAGAAACCAGAUGAUGCCGAGUUCUGUGGCUUAUCUUGCCAUCUCGAGUGUGCCUUUCGAGAAGACAAGGUUGGAGUUACAAGUCUUGGGAAUCUGAUGAAGCUCGAUGGGUGUUUCUGCUGCUACUCUUGCGGCAAAGUUUCUGAGAUUCUUGGAUGUUGGAAGAAGCAGCUUAUGGCAGCAAAGGAAGCCAGAAGGAGAGAUGUAUUGUGUUACAGGAUAGAAUUGAGUUAUAGGCUUCUGAAUGGGACUUGUCGGUUUUGUGAGUUACAUGAGAUUGUAAAAGCUGCUAAAUCUAUGCUUGAAGAUGAAGUCGGUCCUCUUGAUGGGCCAUCUGCGAGAACUGAUCGUGGCAUUGUUAGUCGGCUUCCUGUUGCAAGCGAGGUGCAAGAGCUUUGCACUUCUGCUAUAAAAAUGGCAGAGGACUGGUCAGCCAAUGCAGCCAGAGUUUCGAUUCCUGCUGCUUGCAGGUUUCGUUUUGAAGAUAUUGCACCUACACAAGUGACUCUUCGUCUGAUUGAGCUUCCUAGUGCUGAGGAAUGUGAUAUUAAGGGAUAUAAGUUAUGGUGGUUCAAGAAAGGAGAGACGCCAGAGGAUGAUCAGUUUGUUGAGCUGAGUAGAAACGAUAGGAGGAUGGUGAUAUCUGACCUCGAGCCUUGCACAGAGUAUACAUUCCGUGUUGUAUCUUACACAGAAGCUGGUUUAUUAGGCCAUUCUAAUGCUAGGUGCUUUACCAAGAGCGUUGAGUUAUUGCAACAGAGUGGUGAUAGCUCAGUGGAUGGUAGGAAAAAGAGGAGAAUUGAUUUAGUAGAAAAGGAUCAACCUUUGGAUCGAGAGGAUAAAAGUAGCGUUUCCUCGAGAUUCAAGAUCGGACAACUUGCAAAAUAUGUGCAGUUGGCUGAAGCUCAAGAGGAAGGCUUGCUUGACGCGUUCUAUAAUGUAGAUACUGAUAAAAGCAGUGAACCAGAAGAAGAAUUGCCAGCUCGGCGACCACUUGGGUUUGAUCUAAAUAUAGUUUCAGUGCCAGACUUGAAUGAGGAAUUCACUCCACCUGAUUCUUCUGGAGGUGAAGACAAUGGUGUGCCAUUAGAAUCACUUGCUGAGGCUGAUGAUCAUAAUAAUGGUAAUUAUGAUGACGAUGAGGUAGAUGAUGAUGAUGAUGAUGCAGUGUCUAACGGUACACAGAAGAAGAACAACUGCUUGGUGAGAUCAGAUGGAAGCGGUGAUGAUCCCGAGUUUGAUUUCCUCACGACCAGGAAGAGGAAAGCAAAUUCAGACAGUCACGAGUCAGAGAACCACGAGUGUGACAGCUCGCCGAUCGAUGACACUAUUGAGAAAUGUGUGAAGGUGAUCAGGUUGCUAGAGUGUGAAGGCCACAUUGAUAAAACGUUCAGGGUCAGGUUCUUGACAUGGUUCAGCCUGAGCUCGUCCGCUCAGGAGCAAUCGGUCGUGAGCACAUUUGUGCAGACUCUAGAGGAUGAUCCAAGCAGCCUUGCUGGACAGCUUCUUGAUGCAUUCUCUGAUGUUGUCUCCACCAAAAAGCAAAGCAAUGGAUUUUGCUGCAGCAAGCUCUUGGAGUAAUAAUAAUAAUCUCACUAAUCAGCUAUUAUUCAACGAUAUUCUUUCUUAGUAUUAGUAUUUAUGAAUAAUAUGAUUAGAACAACAAAUAGUCCAUGAUUCCUCUAACAUGGAUUCGGAUAUUUUAUGGUCAUUUGGUGGACCACAGGAUGACCCCAUUGCAAUCUCUUUGGAUUGGAUUUAGGAUUUAGGAUUUGACAUAAUAGACUCUUGAGGGCAAGUGUUUUGCCUUAAUUCCUUGGUUUCUGUCCAUAUCUGUUAAA